GUUUAGGAUGCGGAAUACAUCUGUGCGAAGGUAGUUUCCCAAUACGGUUUAAGAUAUACAUAUGUGUAUGUGUAUGGUAAGCAAGGGGUUACGAAAGUUCAAGUUGUAAUCAAGAGUUAUGACAUCAGUAAACGAUAGGUCUUGUGGUAUAAAAUCUCCCUUCACUCAGACAUGCUAUUUAGUUUUCAGACGUCUAAGUGGUUACAGUAGUCAGCUUAAAUUUUUUGAAACACAGCUCUAUAAAUUUAACACCUUUUCGAAAGCAUAAUGCUCCGUAUUUUGGAAAUCGCGAAAUGUUCAACGUUGCUAGGUAAACGUAAAAUGAUUCAACAGACCCGUGGUUUGGUUUUAAACCAUGUAAGAUCAGAAAAUAUCGACGAACUUCUACCUCGAAAGGAUGAAUUUCAACAUAGACAUAUUGGUCCGCGAAAAGAAGAACAAUUGCGUAUGUUGGAAACCAUUGGUUUUAAGAGUCUUGAAGAAUUAACGAAAGCAGCGAUUCCAGAAAAAAUUUUGUACAAUGAAGAUUUAAAAAUCGAACAAUCAAUUACCGAAUAUGAAUUACUGAAAAAGGUCACGAAAAUCUCUAAAAAGAAUGAAGUGUGGCGUACCUAUAUUGGCAUGGGCUAUCACAAUUGUUGCGUUCCUCACACAAUUAUGAGGAAUAUAUUUGAAAAUCCAGGAUGGACAACGCAAUACACUCCGUACCAACCGGAAAUUUCCCAGGGCAGACUCGAAGGUCUAUUAAACUAUCAAACAAUGAUAUGCGACUUGACUGGCAUGGAAGUAGCGAAUGCGUCGCUUUUGGACGAAGGCACGGCAGCAGCGGAAGCAUUGGCUCUAGCACAUAGGAGUAACAAGAGGAAGAGAUUGUUUGUUUCCGAUGUUGUCCAUCCUCAAACAAUCAGCGUAAUUGCUACACGUGCUGCUUCCCUGGGUCUCUCACUGGAAAUCGGAGACGUAUUCAAAGUUGAUACCAGUGUGAAGGAUAUCGCUGGGAUUCUUGUACAAUAUCCCGAUACAACAGGAUCCAUUCGCUCGUAUGAGGAGGCGACAAAAAAAGCACACGCUGACGGGACGCUGGUAUGCGCCGCUACCGAUUUGCUAGCGUUGGCCAUCCUUCAGCCUCCUAGCGAAUUUGGAGCAGACAUUUGUAUCGGCACGAGCCAACGAUUUGGCGUGCCAUUAGGAUAUGGGGGCCCUCAUGCAGGAUUUUUUGCGUGUCGGCAAAAGCAGGUGCGCCUAAUGCCAGGUAGAAUGAUUGGCGUCACUAAAGAUUCGACGGGCCAAGAUGCGUAUCGUUUAGCCCUUCAAACGCGCGAACAGCAUAUCAGAAGAGACAGAGCCACCAGCAAUAUCUGCACCGCACAAGCACUGCUGGCAAAUAUGUCCGCAAUGUACGCAGUCUACCAUGGACCCGAGGGUAUCAAGAACAUAGCAAAUCUAGUACACAAUUUGACCUUGACUCUUGCCAAAGGUCUAGCGAACGCGGGCAAUAAGAUAGACAACGAAUACUUUUUCGACACCAUUAAGAUACUGCCGAAGCUGCCUAUAGAUGUUAUAAAACGUAACGCGACUUCGCACAAAAUCAACUUUCGAUAUUACGAAGAUGGAGUUGGGAUAUCCCUAGACGAAACUACGACUGUACAGGACAUAAAUGAUAUAUGGAAAGUUUUCGGUAUGGAGACAACGAUUGAAAGCUUCUAUGAAAAUGAGGCUUGUAUGGACAAAAACUUAAAUAAAUCCUGUUUCGUUCGUACUACGCCGUAUUUGCAACAUCCAGUGUUCAACAGCCACCGUUCUGAAACAAGAAUAGUUCGAUACAUGAAGUCCUUGGAGAACAAAGAUGUGUCUUUGGUACAUAGCAUGAUACCCCUGGGAUCCUGCACGAUGAAGCUGAAUUCCACCACGGAAAUGAUGCCUUGCAGUUUACCAGGAUUCACGGACAUUCAUCCCUUUGUUCCUGUCGAGCAGGCCAAAGGAUAUCAAGAGUUAUUCGCUGAACUGGAGCGAGAUCUGUGCGCUAUAACCGGUUAUGAUAACAUAAGUUUUCAGCCAAACAGCGGCGCACAAGGAGAAUACGCUGGCCUGAGAGCCAUACAAUGUUACCACGAGUCUAGACAGGAGAAGCAUCGACAAGUAUGUUUGAUUCCUAUCUCUGCACAUGGCACGAAUCCCGCCUCUGCCCAGAUGGCUGGUAUGCAAGUGAAACCGAUCCUGGUACAGAAGGACGGUUCCAUCGAUAUGGCACAUUUAACGGAGGUGAUCGAUAAAUACCAAGACACGUUGUCUUGCUUAAUGAUAACGUAUCCUUCGACUAACGGUGUCUUCGAGGAAACGAUCGGUGACAUUUGUACCAUGAUUCACCGUGUUGGUGGCCAGGUAUAUCUGGAUGGAGCCAACAUGAAUGCUCAGGUGGGUUUGUGCCGUCCAGGUGAUUAUGGUAGCGACGUGUCGCACCUGAAUCUGCAUAAAACUUUUUGUAUACCUCACGGAGGUGGCGGCCCCGGUAUGGGACCCAUCGGAGUUAAACGGCACCUUGCGCCGUUUCUUCCAAACCAUCCGGUAAUCGACUGCACGAGUAAUGUUAAAAACAAAAAUGGUAAACAACGAUCUGGCACGGUGUCUGCUGCUCCAUUUGGUUCCUCGGCUAUCUUGCCAAUCUCUUGGGCCUACAUCAAGAUGAUGGGUCCCAAGGGGUUAAGGAAAGCCACACAAGUUGCGAUUCUAAAUGCGAAUUACAUGAGCAAGCGGUUGGAAAAGUUUUAUAAAACUUUGUACAGAGGAAAGACGGAAUUAGUCGCUCACGAAUUCAUCUUGGACGUGAGGAAUUUGAAAAAGACUGCGAACGUCGAGGCUGUCGAUAUCGCGAAGAGACUGAUGGAUUACGGUUUUCAUGCUCCCACAAUGAGUUGGCCUGUCACGGGUACAUUGAUGAUCGAACCAACCGAAUCCGAAGACAAGGGAGAACUGGAUAGAUUCUGUGACGCUCUUAUCUCCAUACGACACGAGAUCAACGAUAUUGAAAAUGGGAAACUAGACAUUGCCAAUAAUCCGUUGAAAAUGGCACCACAUACUCAGGAGCAAGUGAUAUCGAGUACAUGGGAUCGGCCCUACUCUCGGGAAGUAGCUGCGUUCCCGGCUCCAUUCGUGAAAGGAAAUAAUAAAAUUUGGCCAAGCGUGGGAAGAAUAGAUGAUAUAUACGGUGACAAGAAUCUAUUCUGCACCUGUCCUCCUAUUCUCUGAGUUACAAAAUGAAUUCUACAAAUUCAUAUAACGAAUAACUGUGUAUAGUUAGUUAUAGUGGAACUAUUUAAAUAUUUAUUGUAAUUUCUGUACAAAUGUAUAUGUGUUCAUGUAGAAUAUGAUAUAAUUUAUGUAUAAGUAAACAAAAUUCAACAAAAAACGAAAAAAAGAA